AUGAUUCCAUCAGGGACGUUCAGGAGGUGUUUUCGUAUCGUCGUCUGGAUUCCAGUCCUCGUUGUUACUUCGGUUGUGAUAUGGUCGUAUUAUGCCUACGUUGUUCAACUUUGUAUUUUCACUCUCAACAAUACCUCUGAAAAAGUGGUUUACGUUCUGAUGUUCCAUGUCUGUUUUGGGAUGUUCCUGUGGGCCUACUGGAAGACCAUGUUUACCCCGCCAUCCCCACCUUCUAAAAAAUUUCAUCUCUCCUACUCAGACAGACAGAGGUAUGACAUAGAGGACAGGCCGGAAGGCCAACAGCAAAUACUUAUGGACAUCUCACGGAACCUUCCAGUCUUCUGCCGUUCAGCAUCUGGAGCUAUCAGGUUCUGCCAUCACUGCCAGGUGAUUAAGCCAGACCGAUGCCACCACUGUUCAGCCUGUGAAAUGUGCGUCCUGAAAAUGGAUCAUCACUGUCCAUGGUUAAACAACUGCGUGGGUUUUUCGAACUACAAGUUCUUCCUGCUGUUCCUCGUUUAUUCCUUGCUCUACUGCUUCUUUGUCGCCGUGACAACAGCUCCGUAUUCCAUCAAGUACUGGGUGGGGGAGCUCCCUUACAGACCCGCUAAAUUGCACGUUCUUUUCCUCAUGCUGGUGUCCCUCAUGUUCUUCGUGACCCUGUCGUUUCUUCUUGGGUUCCACUGCUGGCUGGUGGCAAGGAACAGGUCGACCCUGGAGUCCCUCUUGGCUCCCUUUUUCCCUCAUGGUCCAGACAGGAGUUACUUCAAUGUAGGAGCACGUGAGAAUUUUCUCGAGGUGUUUGGGGAUGAUAAAAGACUUUGGCUUCUACCUGUGUUUUCCAGCAAGGGUGAUGGGCAAAACUUCCCCAUGAGAAGCAAGAGUGAGGCUCAGAACUCCUUAUUAGCUAAUGAGGGUUGGAAGGAGGCAGGAUCUGAUGUGGAGUGCGGGGACUGCUGCAUAGGUCUACAGAGAAGUCUGCCAGACGUCAACAGGAACGGAGCCACUGUGAUGUUCCCAGAGCUUCACAUGGUUCAGAAUCAGAAGAUUCACAUGGUUCAGAAUCAGAAGAUUCACAUGGUUCAACCAGAUCUGGCAUCCUCACUGACUAACAAGUCGAGUCCACCUCACACACCUUGCACCUCAAGAAAACAAGCACCGUAAUUCUACCGUACCUGAAAGGUUCAUGGUUUCAACUUUCAAGUCACAAGUGGUCCAUCCUCAAUUGUGAAAGAUGAUGUUUAACUUAAAAAUAUAUAUAUAUAUAUUGUAAAGGCCUCAGCCAAAUGUGUUCCCAAAAGUGUUUUUUUUUGUUUGCACCAUUAAAAACGACACA